GCCGCUGUCUCCUCUUCUGGAUGUGCUGUCCACGCGCCUUAUUGUUGCUUUUGCCGCUGCGCAGGAUGUGAGAGUGGUGGCGGGAGGCGACAUGGAUGUAUGCAGCGUGACAUGUCUGAGGAUUCUUUUCUCUUUCUACCUCAUCUUGCUGCCGCUCACAGCGAGGUGCAAGCCCGUCAUCUCCCCCGGCGGGCCCCACGUCGUGGUCCCCAAGAGGGGCCGGCUGGAGCUUCGUUGCCAUGACAACGCCACCGCCUCCGGGCUCAGGUGGCAGAGGGACAAGGCUCGCCGACUGGAGGGAGAGGCAGAGGAUGGGGGCGUGGCCGUGGUCAAGGUGGCCGCCGCGCAGCCCUACCACAUGGGCCGCUACGUGUGCGUCAAUAACCUGACGCGGGAGAGCAGCUCCAUCUACGUCUACGUCAAAGACCCCGCCCACGCCUUCCAGCGCACCAUGGUCAGGGUCAUCCUGGUGCGGGCCGGAGAGAACUGCACCAUCCCCUGCCUGGUCACCGACCCCCAUAUGACCCUGCUGGCCCUGCACACCUGUGACGGGCGACCUUUGCCCUCCGCCAUGAAGUACUGGACCCAGCGUGAGCACGGCGUUACCAUCGGCAACGCCCAGAAGGACUUUGAGGGAUGCUACGUGUGUGUGGGGCGCACAGGUGACCACAACGUCACUUCCGGCCAGUACACUCUGGACGUGCGGCAAGUUCCAGAGGAGCUCCCGGUCCUCACCUUGUCUCAGACGGGCAAGGUCAUCUUGCGGAAAGGAGAGAAGUUGGAGCUGACUUGCAGCUCCGCCAACGUCAACCCGGACUUUAACGUCAAGUGGGACUACCCUUCCACUGCGCACCCAGAAGAGUCUCACACCUCUCACAUCCUGUCCGGUUCUCACGGUUACCAACGGGCCUCCCAGCUCUUCACCGCCUGGGUAGAGGGGCCGGACUCGGGGACGUACCGUUGCUCAGCCCACAACGAGAGAGGCGGCAGCUCGGCGGUGCUCCAGCUGGACGUGUUUGAUAAAGGGUUCAUCACCAUGUUGGGUCUCCCAAGUCCUGCACGGGCUGAUGUUCCAGAGGGCGAGAGUCUGAGUCUCCGAGUGGAAUUUGAUGCCUAUCCUGCUCCUAGAUCCCUGUUCUGGUCUUACAAGAACCAACGACUGCUCAACACCAGCGAGCACGUCAUCACCGUCCACCAACACACAUACAGGUUCAUCAGCGAGCUGAGACUGGUGAGGGUUCUCGGAUCGGAAGGGGGCGUCUACAAGUUCUUCGCCAGUCAUGAAGACGCAUCUGUGGAGCACUUCUUCCAAGUGUAUGUCAACAGUGCGCCAGUCAUCAUCGCCCAGGAAGGACCAGUGGACGGUCAGGUGAAGUGUGUGGCUGCUGGUCAUCCAGUUCCUAAGAUCAGCUGGUACCUCUGUGACCUCCCUCACACCAGAUGCUCCAAACUGCCCAACGCCACCCAAUGGGAAACGGUGGACGUCGCCAUGGUGACACGCUCCACCUUUGGCAAGAGCAAGGUGGAGAGCCGACUGAACGUCAGCAAGGAGCACGCCCACUUCCACACCUUGGAGUGUGUGGCCUCCACCGACACAGAGGAGGUCUUCACCCUCUUCUCCAUCAGUGAGCGCCUGGUUCCCCAUGAACUCUUCACCCCGCUUCUCAUCAGCAUCGUGGCCACCGGCGCCAUCCUCUGCCUCUUCCUGGUACUGCUGCUUUACAAGUACAUGCAGAAACCCAAAUUCCAGAUCCAGUGGAAGGUGAUCGAAGGUAUCCAUGGCAACAACUACAUCUACUUUGACCCCACCCAGCUGCCAUACGACUCCAAAUGGGAGUUUUCUCGGCAGAAGCUACGCUUCGGGAAGACCCUCGGCGCCGGCGCCUUCGGGAAGGUGGUGAGGGCCACGGCGUACGGCCUGUGCUCGGGCGACGCCCUCACCACGGUCGCUGUCAAGAUGCUCAAACCCAACGCCCACGCCACCGAGAAGGAGGCGUUGAUGUCGGAGCUGAAGGUGCUCGGUUACCUCGGCAACCACGUCAACAUCGUCAACCUGCUGGGAGCCUGCACGGUUGGAGGUCCCAUUUUAGUUAUCACCGAAUACUGUUGCUAUGGCGACCUCCUCAACUUCCUGCGCAGGAAAAGAGAGACCUUUCUGAAUUCCCAAACUGGGGACGGCUACUACCGCAACGUCUCCGAGCAAACUAAGCCAUCAAGCAGCCAGGUGUCAGGGACAGGAUAUGUGCCGAUGCGUCCAUCUGACAAAGACAGGUCCUCUCAGUCAGAUGAUGUGGAGGAGCUUUCUCUGGAUGCUGAAGAUCUGCUCAGCUUCUCCUACCAGGUGGCCAAAGGGAUGGAGUACAUCACCUCUAGGAAUUGCAUCCACAGAGACCUGGCAGCCCGGAAUGUUCUCUUGACUCACGGCAGGGUGGCCAAGAUCUGUGACUUUGGUCUGGCCAGGGACAUCACCAGCGAUUCCAGCUAUGUGCUGCGAGGCAACGCACGUCUGCCAGUCAAGUGGAUGUCUCCUGAGAGCAUCUUUGACUGCGUCUACACCUUUGAGAGUGACGUCUGGUCCUACGGCAUCCUGCUGUGGGAGAUCUUCUCUCUAGGUAAGAGUCCUUACCCUGGCAUGCAGGUGGGCUCCGCAUUUUAUCGAUUGAUACAGGAGGGCCACAGGAUGAGCAAGCCACAGUUUGCACCCACUGAUAUAUACAACAUGAUGGUCUCAUGCUGGAACCAGGACCCCCUGAAGAGACCCCCUUUCAGAAAACUUGUGGAGAGGACUGAACUCCUUCUCUCAGAAAAUACCAGGAAUGUUUACCUGACGCUCAGCAACACUUCAGCUUCUUCGGAGCAGCAAAGGGCACCAUCGCGGAGACUUAGCUCAGUGUGUAGCACCACAGCUCCCACCCAGCCGCUACUGCAGAACACGGCGGACGUCUUCCUGGACUACGUCUGACGGACAACAAAGUCACAACAAAAGUUGCAUGAGUGCAGAAAUAUCUUUGCUUUUGCCAACAUUUCAAAUACUUUUUUUUUAAGUAGCGUCAACUUCUUUAGUCCAGUUGUCUGCUUCAAUGUCUGCAUUCAGUUCUGCAACCUGGUUGUGGAAACACUUUAAACACGCACUGAGCUUUCUGUGACACGCAAAGUGUUUACGCUUUUCUGCAAUAAGUGUUGUGUUGUUGUUGUGCGUUUGUGUGUGUGUGUGUGUGUGUGUGUUGUGUGCAGGAUACGACAUAAAGAUAAACACUAGACUGGGGUGGGGGGGGGAUUAGACUGGAUUUAUUACACAACAUUGUUAGCUGAUGUCAACUUUAAUCCUGUCAGACUGGGCUGUCUCUGAAUAAUAAUAAUAAUAAUAAUAACAAUAGGGAUCGAUUAGCCAGUUUUUUGGUAACUAGCUUAGCUCAGCAUCAUCACUGGAAACAAAAUGCACUGAUUAUUUUUGUUUACGUCCUAAAAUGACUUGUUAGCAACAUUAUCUUAGCAUCAAGUCCAGAAACCCACGCAGCUUGUUUAUGUUUCGUACCCCCUAACAGCCUUUACUUAACCGCAAGUACAGAAAGUUUAAUUUUUGUUUUAGUUUACUUCCCACAGCGGCUUGUUAGCAACUUUAGCUUCGCAUCGAUACCCCUUAGCAACAUUAUCUUAGCAUCAAGUCCAGAAACACACCUGACAACCUUAGUUUAGCCGCAAAUACAGAAAGUUUCAUUUUUGUUUUUGUUUACUUCCCACCGCGGCUUGUUAGCAACUUAUGGCAGCUCCCGCCGUCAGUGUGUGAAUGUGUGUGUGAAUGGGCGAAUGUGGAAAUACUGUGAAAGCGUUUUGGGCUCCUUAGAAAGGGGUAGAAAAGCGCUAUACAAGUACAACCCAUUUACCAUUUACCAUUUAGCCUGGCAUCGAUACCCCUUAGCAACUUUAGCUUAGCAUCAUGGCCACAAAGACAAAAGAUGCACUGAACGAUAUGUGUUUACUCCCCAGAUUGGCUUGUUAGCAACUUUAGCUUAGCAUCGAUAUCCCUUAGCAACUUUAGCUUAGCAUCAUAGCUACAAAGACAAAAGGUGCGUUGAACCAUUUUGUUUACUCCCCGAUUGGCUUGUUAGCAACUUUAGCUUAGCAUCGAUACCCUUUAGCAACUUUAGCUUAGCAUGACGGCCUUAAACACAAAAGAUGCACUGAACAAUAUUUGUGUACUCCCCACAGCGACUUGUUAGCAACUUUAGCUUAGCAUCAUGACCACAAAGACAAACGAUGCACUGAAACAUUUUGUUUACUCCCCACAGUGACUUGUUAGCAACUUUAGCCUAGCAUUGAUAUCCCUUAGCAACUUUAGCUUAGCAUCAUAGCUACAAAGACAGAAUAUGCACUGAACCAUUUUUUGUAUACUCACUAGAUUGGCUUGUUAGUAACUUUAUCUUAGCAUCGAUGCCCCUUAGCAAAUUUAGCUUAGCAUCAUGUCCACAAAGACAGACGAUGCACUGAACCAUUUUUGUUUACUCCCCAUAGCGACUUGUUAGCAACUUUAGCUUAGCAUCCUGACCACGAAGAGAUGAUGCAUUGAACCAUUUUUCUUUACUCCCCGCAACGACUUGUUAGCAACUUUAGCUUAGCAUCGAUAUCCCUUAGCAAAUUUAGCUUAGCAUCAUAACCACAAAGACAGAAGAUGCACUGAACCAUUUUUGUUUACUCCCCAUAGCGACUUGUUAGCAACUUUAGCUUAGCAUCCUGGCCACGAAGAGACGAUGCACUGAACCAUUUUUCUUUACUCCCCACAACGACUUGUAAGUAACUUUAGCUUAGCAUCGAUAUCCCUUAGCAAAUUUAGCUUAGCAUCAUGACCACAAAGACAGAAGAUGCACAGAACCAUUUUGUUUACUCCCCACAACAACUUGUUAGCAACUUUAGCUUAGCAUCGAUACACCUUAGCAAAUUUAGCUUAGCAUCAUGACCACGAAGAGAAGAUGCACUGAACCAUUUUUUAUUUACUCUCCACAGCAACUUUUUAGCAACAUUAGCUUAGCAUUGAUAUCCCUUAGCAACAUUAGCUUAGCAUCGUAGCUACAAAAAAAGACGAUGCACUGAACCAUUUUUGUUAACUCCCCAGAUUGGCUUGUUAGCAACUUUAGCAUAGCAUCGACACCACUUCGCAACUUUAGCUUAGCAUAAUGGCCUUAAAGACAAAAGAGGCAAUGAACAAUAUUUGUUUACUCACCACAGCGGCUUGUUAGCAACUUUAGCUCAGCAUCGAUACCCCAAGCAAAGUUAAACAUUAUUUCAGGUUAAACAUAUAUUGUUAGAUGUUGUUGUUUUGCAACAAGACCAAGAAACACUCAUGACUGAUAAAGUUUGCCGCAUGCUAGUUGGACUAUUUUUUCACAUUUAAUCCCCCAAAUAAUUUGUCACUGCAGCUUCAUUUCCAGAUUAGAAGCGCACACACAAAUCCCUGAUUAUGUUUAUUUAAUAAUCUAAGUAUCUUGAUAGCUACAUUAACCUCUCAUCAAUACUCCAAACACUAAAUAAACGACUUCAUCUUUUUAGUUCAUUUACCAAAGUAUCUCGUAAGCAAUCUUAGUUUAGCAUCACACUACAUAGAGCUAACAUUGUUUUGUUGAAAUUAGCUCGUUAGCAACCUUAGCUUAGCAUCAACACACAGAUAGCUAACUGUGUUUUUCAUUUAAUACCUAAUUCAUCUUGUUAGCAACCUUAGUUUAGCAUAAAAACACAGAUAGUUGACAUGUGUUGUCAUUUAUUAGCUAAUUUAUUUUGUUAGCAUCCUGAGCUUAACAUCAAAACACAUAUAGUUAACCAUUUUUUGUUCAAUGCAUAAAUUAUCUCGCUAGCUAAUUUAGCUUAGCAUCAAAACACAGCUCGCUAACAGAAAGCAUUUUUUAAAUUUAAUACCAUCUUUAUUUUGUUAGCGUCCUUAUCUUGGCAUCAAGACACCCAUAGCUAGCUAUCCCCCCCCCCCCCCCCCCCCCCCGUUUAUUACCUCAAUUAUAUUGAUAGCACCCUUAGCUCAGCAUGAAAACACAGAUAGUUAACCAUUUUUUUUUUGCUCAAUACAUAAAUGAUCUCGUUCGCAAACUUAGCUUAGCAUCAAAACCCAGAUAGUGAACAAAAAGCUAUCUUGGCAUCAAAACACACAUAGCUAACUAUUCUUUUUCUGUUUUGCACCUAUCUUGUUAGCAUCUUGAGCUCGGCAUCAAAACAAAUACAGCUGACUUCCUUUUUAAGUUUGCAUGUUAAGUGAAGUUACUUUUUAAAGUUUUGUAUUGUUUGUUAAUUGAAUACCGCAAUUAUCUUGUUAGCAUCCUUAGCUAUUAGCAUCCAAGUACAAAUAGCUGACUUGUUUUUUUUUUCAUUGAAUACCUAAACGAUCUAUGAAGCAACCUUAUCUUAUCUAGAGCAGAAAUACACAAAAGUAAUUCCGUUUAAUCACCAAAUUUGCUUGCUAGCUGCAUUAGCUUGGCAUCAAAACACUGAGCUAGCUGACUUUGUCUUUUUAGUUCAAUCAUCAAAGUAGCAUGUUAGCAAGCUUAGUUUAGCAACACACAGCAAUUCAAUCAUAUAUAUAUAUAUAUAUAUAUAUAUAUAUAUGUAUAUAUAUAUAUAUAGUUCAAUCAACUAAAGGCAGUUUGCUGGCGAGCUUAGCAUAAUUUUAGCCUUUAGUUCUUUAGCGUCGCUUGUAAGCUGCCUUAGCUUAGCAUCAAGCCUGGAAACAAUGAAAGUUGAGUCGUGUUAGCCUCACAUUUUACAAAUCCUCAUUUAUUGACGCAACAAUUGUGGAAAUGGGCCGAUAAUCUUUCCUCCAUGACGUGUCUCAAGGUCCUGACACUCAAAAGUCACAAGUCUAAAGAUUCCAUCAGAUUCCGAUUCCCGAGGUGACGAUUCGAUUCAGAAACGAUUCUUGCCAUGUGUAAUUUGUUAGUUAAUUUUUUUUAAAAAGGUUACAAAAAAAAGCUCCUUCUGGUUGCUUGAAAAACGUCCUUUUAAAAAGCGAUUCUUAUUGAAAAAAAAUAUUUUAAAAAAAUAUAUAUUUUGGGGGGGAUUUUUCAAAAUGCAGAAUGGGGAUGAAUUAGAAUCAUGAUUCGGACAUGACUUGAUGACUGUUACUGUUGUAUAUUUUAAUCAUGUGACAAACUAUUGGCAUGUUUGUGUUUUCUUUUCGGGGUUAGUGGGCGUGUCCUCUUUGGUCACAUGACGGUUUUGAUUGGUUUGUUUCGUGUUGAACAACAUGAGUAUGUAUGUACUGUAAAUACAAGGCGUGCCUUUAUUUUGACGGUUGUGUUUGUCAGUGGAGGUUCCUGUGGUUUUGAUACAUUUGCUGGACUUGUGACAAUAAAGAAGAUGCCUGUGA